AUGGACGGGGAUUCUGAUUCGAGUUUGAGUCCGUUCGAAGGCGACGACAUUGAGAACGACAUCAACCGGUCGAAUCCUUGGGAUCUGGACAAGUUGUUGUCCGAAGAUCAUGUGAGUUCUACAUUUUAUCUUUGCUUGUUGGUCCCCUUCUUUCCAGACAAUGGUCCGUGCGCUCAAAAAAUUGCGUUUUCUCUGAAAAUUUCGUCCAAAAUCUCUUUUAUUAAUCAAGUUUUUACGCCUUAUGUUUUUAAUAACUACGGCCCGGAAGAGUCAGUCGGAAUUCAAAUGUCAAUUCCUCCUUUUGAACAUAAUAUAUCCCCCUCGGUUUACAUGGCCCGCCUUCUUUCGCUCGUCCCAAAUCUGGGAAUCCCGGUUAAAUUGGAGGAUUGGACUUCAGGAGGCCAAGGAUAUGUCAUUAUGGAAGAAGUACGCGAGAAUCAUCCUGCCCCACGUGGGUCUCAUUCUCAUCUCCUGUGUGUACAUUGUUGGUGGAGCGAUGAUAUUUUAUGUGGUGGAGAGUCCAAAUGAAGUUAAUAUUCGUCGAGAGAACUUGUUUCUGAUUAACAAACAGAAGGAGGAGAUGCUACAUUUCCUCUGGAACGAGAUGAAAACAAGGAAUCUUUCUAAGGGUAUGAUUUCUAACAAGAUGUUUUUUCUUGUAAAGCGUGAUGCUUUGUGAAUAAGAACAACUUUUUUUAAACGUAUUCCUGCUUCCAGGGGAAGUCGAAGCCCUGGCCUUAACUUACAUUGAUGAGAGUACCAGAAUUCUGUUCGAUGCUUUUGAUACCCACUUUAUAACAGGUGUCCAUCUACGUAAUAAGAGUGCUGUAGAGAACAGUUGGACCGUUACUACUGCCAUCUUUUUUACAACAACUUUGUUAACAACAAUUGGAUAUGGAAACCAAGCUCCAGUCACAACCCAUGGAAGAUUAAUUUGCAUAUUCUAUGCCCUGUUCGGAGUACCUUUGAUUUUGAUUACAGUAGCUGAUAUUGGAAAGUUUCUAUCAGAGAAUAUAAUCUGGUUGUAUACAUUAUAUACAGACAAACGAAAAAAGAAUGAUUACCGCAUGCAAUCAGAAGUUGAAGACGAAGAAAAGAAAGAAUUGGCACAGGUAAUCGGAAUAAAAUUUAACGGUAAUAUUAACAGCUGGGUCUUGAACAUUACAUUACUAUCCCAAUAAUGCUGAUUGCCACAAUUUUACUCGGUUAUAUGAUGGUCGGGGCUAUAUUAUUAGCGAGAUGGGAGAAAUGGAGUUUCUUUGAAGGAUUCUAUUUCUCUUUUAUCACGAUGACUACCGUUGGAUUCGGAGAUAUUGUACCUUUGAAGCAGGAGUUUUUUAUGUUUGAUUUGUUUUAUAUCAUUGUCGGGUUGGCCAUCACGUAAGUGUAGUAACAAUGCAAUAUUUACUCCUCCAGCACCAUGUGUAUCGAUCUGGCGGGUCUCCAAUACAUCCGAAAGAUCCAUUACUUUGGCCGCGCCAUCAAAGAUGCCCGAUUUGCUUUGGUUAAUGUGGGCGGCAAGAUGGUACAUGUCUCCGAUCUCAUGAAAUACGCGCAGGUCCUUCAACAAAAAUAUGGCCAAAGUAAAGCCAGAAUGGUCAUCAAACGAGGAGCCUACGUUCCAAGUGAUAUUGCCAUCAUUCGAUAUAUCGACUACAGUAAUAUGGGAUCUCUGAACAGUUUCAUAAGUGCUGUUUCCAGUUUAUUCUCCAAAGAUUCGGAGCCAAAAAUGUUAUAA